GACAAAGGCGUGUGGCAGUGGGGCAGACUGAGUGGCAGAAGCGGUUGUAGAGGCAGUUGGAGUGUCUGGCCUAAGUGUCGUCAUGUUUCUCCAAUAUUAUCUUAACGAGGAGGGAGAUCGGGUCUAUACGCUGAAGAAGCUUGACCCUAUGGGACAACAGACCUGUUCAGCCCAUCCUGCUCGGUUCUCCCCAGACGACAAAUACUCGCGACACCGAAUCACCAUCAAGAAACGCUUCAAGGUGCUUAUGACCCAGCAACCGCGUCCUGUCCUCUGAGAGUCCUUCAUAUUUGGUGUCUCUUCUGCCGUCUGCUACCCCUUGGAGACUUUGGGUAACCAAGCUCUGCAGCCUGUGAGCCUUCAAGCCUUGUUUACCACCCUUGCUGUUUGGAAUUCAGCAUUUGAUCUUGUUGGUGUUAGGGAAUCACGGUAGCAUUUCCUUUAAAGGGAACAAAUUGGAAUUUUCAUAUUGUGAAUCACUGUCAUGUUAUUAAAAACAAAAUAACUUGAAA